AUGACUCUCAUCCACCUGAUCCUCUCACCAUGGACGGCCUUGGCCGCCCUGAUGGUCGCCUACCUCUACCCUUUCUUGGUGACGCACAAGGCCCUGCGAGGGAUUCCGGGACCGCUGCUGGCUCGAUUCUCCAAUCUCUGGUUACUCAUGACGGCGAGAAGAGGUAAGAGAUACCUUCUCGUCGAUGAGGCCCACAAGAAGCACGGCCGUGUCAUGCGCAUCCAGCCCAAUCACAUCAGCAUCAAUGAUGACAAGGCCAUAAGUAUCAUCUAUGGCCACGGCAAUGGCUUUCUCAAGGCAGAGUUUUAUGACGCCUUCGUCUCUAUUCAGCGAGGCCUUUUCAACACGCGCUCCCGCCCGGAGCACUCCCGUAAGCGCAAGAUUGUCUCUCAUACUUUCAGCGUCAAAUCAGUUGGCCAAUUUGAGCCGUACAUGCACACCAACCUGGAGCGCUUCGCCUCUCAAUGGGACAAGCUGGCCUCCCAGUCCCUCAGGGAGGAAGGCUAUGCGCGCGUAGACUGCCUCAACUGGUUCAACUACCUGGCCUUUGACGUGAUUGGCGACCUGGCCUUUGGCUCGCCCUUUGGUAUGCUCGACGCUGGCGCUGAUGUUGCCGAGGUGCGGGGCUCGCCCGACAGUCCACCCAUCUUUGCACCGGCUGUCGAGAUCCUCAACCGCCGCGGCGAAGUGUCUGCCACGCUCGGGUGUCUGCCGCAGCUCAAGCCUUAUGCCCGCUGGCUGCCGGACCCCUUCUUCAGCCAGGGUCUCGCAGCCGUCAGCGAUUUAGCCGGCAUAGCCAUCGCCCGGGUACGGAACCGGCUCGAAUCCCCUCCGCCCCCCGAACGCAAAGACCUCCUCGCCCGGCUCAUGGAGGGUCGCGACGAAAAGGGCGAGCUCCUAUGCCGCGAAGAGCUCACGGCCGAGGCGCUGACUCAGCUGAUUGCCGGAUCGGACACGACAUCGAACUCGUCAUGUGCCCUGCUGUACCAUGCAGUCCGCACAUCAGGAGUUAUCGAGAAGCUCCGCCAGGAAUUAGACGCGGCCAUUCCUGCUGACACGACGGUCCCGACUUACGAUAUGAUCAAGGACCUCCCCUACCUCCAAAACGUCAUAAACGAGACGCUCCGGUACCACUCCACCUCGGGCAUCGGCCUUCCCCGCACCAUACCCCCUGAAUCCCCCGGCGUCGAGAUCUGUGGGCACUUUUUUCCGCCGGGAACGACACUUAGUGUACCGACCUAUUCUAUCCACCACUCUCCCGAUAUCUGGGGCUCAGACUGUGACGAGUUCCGCCCAGAGAGGUGGCAGACGAUCACACAGAGGCAAAAGGACGCCUUUAUCCCUUUUAGCUACGGUCCGCGUGCGUGCAUUGGGAGGAACGUGGCUGAUAUGGAGUUGAAGCUUAUUGUUGCUACGUGGGUGCGCAGGUACGAUGUCGUGCUUGAGCAGGAGGUGAUGGAGACGAGAGAGGGUUUUCUAAGAAAACCCCUGGGUCUCGAUAUUGCAUUUAAGAGGAGGGUGUUGGCAUAG